AUGAAGGCAUGGGGGGAGAAAGUCAUGAUUCUGUACAUUGGCACUGGAACAGGAUUGCGUUCCAUGAUGGCUGUCACAGCUGGUGCUGGCAACUGCCAUGCUGUGGAGGUGAGAAUUACCUUCUUGACUCGCUGAACCCCACGCAUCGUUGCCUAAUCUAUCGAAGUGCAUUGACAGUCCACCGUCAAUGAGAUGAUAAGAGGAAAAGGGAAAGGUGUUCUCUGACUGUUUGUAUGUCUGAUCCAAUAGGUUUUCAAGCCCAUGGCAGAUGCUGCUCUCCGAAUAGUGAAAAAAAAUGGCUUCUCCGACAAGAUCAAGAUCAUCAAUAAACACUCUUCAGAAGUGUUAGUUGGACCAGGUGAGAGUCACACAUAUUGUACGCACAGUCCUGUGAUUAGUAGUCUACAGUUGUUUUGGUUAAAAAGUUACUUUUCAAAUUGCCUAUGCUGCAGCAACGGUAAAUCCUUUUUAAUGUGACAAAGACAAAUUAUCUCACAGUGACCUGAAAUAUGCCCCAGACAUUGCAGUUACAUCCAUUUUGCAGCCCUUUUUUUCCCCCUCUGCAGUGAAACGUUUUAACCAGCUCAACUGUAUUUUACCAUCAGAAUGUUGAUGAAUAUGUUGUCACUGCAGAUGGAGACAUGCAGAUUCAAGCCAACGUCCUCGUCACAGAGCUGUUUGACACAGAACUGAUUGGAGAGGGAGCCUUACCCAGCUAUGAACACGCUCAUUUGAAUUUGGUCCAGGUAAGUGUGUUUGUGUAAUAGGCAGAGAAAGAGGCAGAUGUGUAUUUCUCCUGCAGGAGGGCUGUGAGGCUGUGCCCCAUUGUGCCACGGUGUAUGUCCAGCUGGUGGAGUCAGAGCAGUUGUGGAGCUGGGCAGAGUUACAAUACAUGGAGGUGGACGGUUGCAAACUGCUGCCCCUUCCUGCUGUGGGUCUCUGUGCUGGAGCCCACUCUGUCUGUGACAUCCAGCCAGAUGCUCCCACACUGCUUCACACCACUAGGGCCUCUCUGCACCAUGUUCAAGUGAGAUGCACAUUGUUGAACAAACAUGUAUUAUUUAUACAUUCCAGAUGAAUCUUUUCUCAUUGAGGUAAUUUAUGCCUCUUUGUCUAUUUUCUUCUCCCCCUCUCAGUGUGGACUUCAGUGAGCAGUGCACCUUUGUCCCACUCCUCCAGAUUCCCAGCUCAGUCCAGUGGCCGGGCUUAGGUGGUCCUCUCCUGGUGGGACAUAGACAUGGACCCCAGCGGCUCCAUCGUGUUUUCCAUGGCUCCCAGCUGGACCUACACAGACCCUCAGUCCGCUCCUGUGAGUGGAAUCUCUUGAAUCUCUACAUGUGCAAUACAGUUUGAGGACAUUAGAGGAAGUAAUGUUUGUCUUUUUAGCGGCAGGAUCACUGGGUGCAGUGUCUACUUCCUGCCUGUGGAGCGGAGGGUGGCUGAGGGGAAGAGCUCAGCCUUAAUGUCUCCCAUGACGACUACAGCCUAUGGUACAGCCUACAGCCGGAUAGUUAAUUACCUAUCUGUAGUUAUUUAAUCAAAUCAAAUCAAAUCAAAUGUUAUUUGUCACAUGCGCCGAAUACAACAGGUGUAGACCUUACUGUGAAAUGCUUACUUACAAGCCCUUAACCAACGAUGCAGUUCAAGAAAUAGAGUUAAGAAAAUAUUUGCUAAAUAAACUAAAGUAAAAAAUUAAAUAAAAAGUAACAUAAUAAGAUUACAUAACAAUAACGAGGCUAUAUACAUGGGGUACCGGUACCGUUUGCCAUGCGGUAGCAGAGAGAAUAGUCUAUGACUUGGGUGACUGGAGUGUUUGACAAUCUUUUGGGCCUUCCUCUGACACUGCCUAGUAUAUAGGUCCUGGAUGGCAGGAAGCUUGGCCCCAGUGAUGUAUUGGGCCGUACUCACUACCCUCUGUAGCUCCUUACGGUCGGAUGCCGAGCAGUUGCCAUACCAGGCGGUGAUGCAACCGGUCAGGAUGCUCUUGAUGGUGCCGCUGUAUAACUUUUUGAGGAUCUGGGGACCCAUGCCAAAUCUUUUCAGUCUCCUGAGGGGGAAAAGGUGUUGUCGUGCCCUCUUCACGACUGUCUUGGUGUGUUUGGACCAUGGUAGUUUGUUGGUGAUGUGGACACCAAGGAACUUGAAACUCUCGACCCGCUCCACUACAGCCCCGUCGAAGUUAACGGGGGCCUGUUCGGCCCUCCUUUUCCUGUAGUCCACGAUCAUCUCCUUUGUCUUGCUCACGUUGAGGGAGAGGUUGUUGUCCUGGCACCACACUGCCAGGUCUCUGACCUCCUCCCUAUAGGCUGUCUCAUCGUUGUUGGUGAUCAGGUCUACCACUGUUGUGUCGUCAGCAAACUUAAUGAUGGUGUUGGAGUCGUGCUUGGCCACGCAGUCGUGGGUGAACAGGGAGUACAGGAGGGGACUAAGCACGCACCCCUGAGGGGCCCCGGUGUUGAGGAUCAGCAUGGCAGAUGUGUUGUUGCCUACCCUUACUACCUGGGGACAGCCUGUCAGGAAGUCCAGGACCCAGUUGCAGAGGGAGGUGUUUAGUCCCAGGGUCAUUAGCUUAAUGAUGAGCUUUGUGCGCACUAUGGUGUUGAACGCUGAGCUGUAGUCAAUUAACAGCAUUCUCACAUAGUUAUUCUUCUUGUCCAGAUAGGAUAGGGCAGUGUGCAGUGUGAUGGCAAUUGCAUCAUCUGUGGAUCUAUUGGGGCGGUAAGCAAAUUGAAGUCUCUCAAAGCACUUCAUGAUGCAUAGUCUAUUUAUUGUGGUGUUGAAAACACAAACCAUGACAUUGAAGUGCCUGAUGUCGGUAUGCUUUGUUUAUUGGUUGUGUGGUGUAUAGGCAAAGGAACCAGUUGGCGGAAAAUUAGUUGUAUAUAUUUUAUAUAAUUAUAAAUGUCAUCAAAAUGUUGAAAAUCUGAUUACCCCCUAGCUGAUCAUUUUCUGCAGCCGGCUCUGAUCGUAGCGUAAUGAAACAGGCAGGGAGAGUGAGCUCGUCUGUGGUGGUCGGCGAACCCUCAACCUUCUGGCCUGUAGCUCUGUGGCAUUGACUGUGCCACAAAAGCAUGCUGAAGUGGCAAGGUCGAUAUCCACGUUUACAAACACAGGGUCACUAUAGUUAUAGUUAUUUGUGGUCGUAAACAUAAUUUUGAGUUAAUUCUAUGAGGGGGGAGGGUGUUCAAUCUAUUUUACAGUACAAGGGGAGGGUCAUGUGAAAUUAUUUUUAACUUUGAGGGGGGUGUUGUUGUUUUUUAUGACACCUUAAGUUGGACCAACCCCCCCCCCCCCCCAGUAAAUUGUGAUCUGUCCCUUACAAUGUAGAAAAAAAGCAUAUCAGAUAUCAUAGUUAUCCAUCUUACCAGAGCUUCAUCUUAUUCUUUCAAAAUAUUGAUAUGGCACAUUCGCCACCGCAAUUUAUGGAAGAUGCCGAAACUUUGGAGAGAACAAUAGAUGGCGAAGUCAAAGACUAGGCAAGUGGUUUCCAUCUGUGGCGAAGUUUUCCCGAAAUCAAUGCUUAUUACAAAUCCAGCUCCAGAACCAGCCAUAGUACCAGCUGGCUAAUCUUUUGAAUACAGUGUAGUAAAAAAGAAAACUGCAACAACAGGACAUUAGCUAACUAGAUAAGGUUAGCAUGCUAGCUAAGUGCCCUAUUUGUUGAUUUUUAUCAACUCCACGUGGAAAUUCCCACACCCAAUUUGUGAAUAUGUAUAAGUAGCCUUCGUCAUUCUUCGAAGGUGGAACCUAAAUGUGCAUUUCCUCUUUAUGUAGUAAUUUCCCAUCGAAAUAAUGGUGGCAACUUCCUCUGGGGGGUCCUUUAAAUGAAUGGACAUAAUGACAUUCCUGAUCAAGUCUAAUUUCAAUUGGAGAAAAUAAAGAACUGUUAUACAUGUGAUCAAAGAUGGCAAUGGGCACUGCUCUAAUCUAUUCAUGAGCACUCACUCACAGCAGUGUACCUAAAUGAUCCCCUUGCAGCGGUGUCUGGAUUGCAGUGAGUCCCGUGAGGCAGAGCCACAUCCUCGGUGGGAGUACUCAUGUCGGGCCCUUACUCAGCCCAGAGCCGUCAUGAACUUUGAUGAG